AUGGUCUACAACAAAUCCCACACCAGCUUGUCCUCAAGAAAGUCCUCUUUCUUCAACACUCACCAGUUGAGCCACCAGCCCCAGCCUGACGUGUAUUUCGUAGGCGUGGAUGUCGGUACCGGCUCGGCUAGAGCAUGUAUCAUUGACACCAACGGGUUGAUCUUGGGUCUUUGUGAAAGACCCAUCACUCGUAACGAGUUGAAGAGAAACCACAUCACUCAAAACUCCACAGAGAUCUGGAACGCCAUCUGUUUCUGUGUCAAGAGCGUGCUUCGCGACUCGGGCGUUGACGGCUCGGAGGUGUUCGGUAUUGGUUUUGAUGCUACGUGUUCUCUCGUGGCCAUUUCCGAGUCCAAGGAUGCUCCAGCUGCUGUUGGUCCUGAUUUCAACGAUGACAAGACCAACAUCAUCUUGUGGAUGGACCACCGUGCUCCGGAUGAAACUAACGCUAUCAACGCCACUGGCGAUAAGGCCCUCAAGUAUGUGGGUGGGCAGAUGUCUAUCGAAAUGGAGUUGCCAAAGAUCAAGUGGUUGAAGCAUAACAGACCCAAGGGCUUGGACGACUUAAAAUUCUACGAUUUGGCCGACUACUUGACCCAUAAGGCCACCGGCUCUGAGGCCCGUUCUUACUGCUCUACUGUAUGUAAGCAAGGCUUCGUGCCUAUCGGAGUUGAUGGUUCUGAAACAGGCUGGUCCAAGGAAUUUUUAGAACAAGUAGAUUUGCCUGAAUUGGCAGCAAAUGAUUUCCAGAAGUUGGGUGGUGUUCCUGGCAAGAACGGUACCUUUUUGAGCGCCGGUGACAUUGUCGGAAAACUUACCCCUAAAUCAGCUGAAGAGUUGGGGUUGACAACUGAAACCAUCGUGGGAAGCGGUGUCAUUGACGCCUACGCCGGAUGGGUCGGAACCGUCGCCGCCAAGGUUGAUCUUCCAACCCAUCCAGAAUUGUCUCAGGACUCCAAUGGCUCUAUGGAGACGGCCUGUGGUCGUAUUGCCGCAGUAGCAGGAACUUCUACAUGCCAUGUUUCGAUGACUAAAGAACCAUGCUUUGUCAAAGGUGUGUGGGGUCCUUACAGAGAUGUCAUGGCUCCUGGAUACUGGCUUGCUGAAGGUGGUCAAUCUUGCACUGGCGCACUUUUGGCUCAUGUGUUGUCCACUCACCCAGCUCAUGGUGAGUUGGUGCACUUGGCUGACGCCUCCAAUUUGUCCAAGUUUGAUUACUUGAACUUGGUCUUAGAAAAUAUGGUUACCGAAACCAACAGCAGAUCUGUUGUUGCAUUAGCAAAACAUAUCUUUUUUUACGGUGACUUCCAUGGUAACAGAUCCCCCAUUGCCGACCCCAAUAUGCGUGCCAACAUCAUUGGUCAAUCCAUGGACUCUUCUGUCAAGGAUUUGGCAAUUCAAUACUUUGGUGCUUGUGAGUUCAUUGCUCAGCAGACUAGACAAAUCAUCGAAGAGAUGGAGAAGGGCGGGCACCAGAUCAAAUGCGUGUACAUGUCUGGUGGCCAGUGCCGUAACGGUUUAUUGAUGAGAUUACUUGCUGACUGUACUGGAUUGCCAAUUAUCAUUCCAAGAUACAUUGAUGCCGCCGUUGUGUUUGGUAGUGCUUUGUUGGGUGCUGUUGCAGCUCAAGAAUUGGUUGAAGAACACAUCAAUAGCGGUGGUCGUGCUAGAAAGGAUUCGUUGGCUAAGUCGCAAACUGACUUGAAAAAUAUUAGCAACAAGAGGGCAGACUCCCCAUUAGGUUCUCCUUACACUGCUCCAUCAGCCACUGCUUCCCAUACCAAUUUGGGAGCCUUAGGCUACGGCGGCGCUCCAAUGCACAUGUCCACUGUCGGUGAAGAGCCUCAGGAUUACUUCAACCAGACUGCACCACCAAAGUCACCAAAGGUUGACACUGCUUCAGACAGUGAUUCCGAGGACGAGCAAACUUUGUCGUUCGGAUCCAAGCUGAACACCUCACAAAAAGUGUCAAAAGGCUUGGCUGCCAAGGCCAGAAGCGAAUUCAAACCAUUGACCAGCUUGUCAGACGCAAAGAAGAGCGAUUCUAUUACCACCGCUAAGACCACUGAUCCAGGGGAUCGUUUGUGGCAGACAAUGGAGAAGCUUACCGGACCGGGUAAAGUUGUCAUGCCCCACAAAGACAGCCACCCAGACAGAAAACUCUUGGCUUGCAAGUAUAAGGUGUUUUUGGACCAGUGCUACAAGCAGCAAGAGUACAGAAAGAUGGUUGACGAGGUUGAGGCCGCCAACUGA